AUGGCAGAGAGAAGGAGCAACCACAAACGCAAUGGAAAAGCUAUUAUAGGAAGCUCUUCUGAAUAUGAAAAUGAAGUUGAAUUAGUUGAGUUUCCGCCCAUGCCGGAAGACGAAGAAGCGAAGGAAGAAUUUGAGCUUCCACCCGGUGCAAAAUUACUUACAGAUUGUGAAGCAUCUGAUGUUUUGCUAAGAAUGAAGAAAGAAUUGGACUCAUUAGAGGAACCAAAUAUCAAAAUUCCUAUAGCUUUUAGCAGUACAUUGGAGCACACUACAAAAGUUGUUGUGCAAUAUACUGAUGUAAAGUCUAUUAAGCAAGCCUUAGAAAGUCUCAAAGGCAUAUGUACUGAUUGGGAGAUAUGUAUGAUAGCAAAUACUUGUCCGGGGACUUGUGAGGAGGCUUAUGCACUUAUACCAUCCCUGAAGAAAAAAGAAGAAUGGAUUGAAGAACCUCUUAUUGAUGUUCUAUCCACACUUGCAAAAUUUAGGGUUAAAGAUUAG